AUGAAGAUUCAUCUCCUUUUCUUUAUUCUAUUCCUUUUGGUCACAAUUUUACCAGCCAAAAGGAAAUAUCCCCAAUAUGGUAGCUUGGAUUUGUCAAAAGAGUGCAUAGAUGGUAACGGUCGAUGUAGAAAUUAUUGCCCUGAAAAUGAGGUUAGAAUCGCUUACUGCAUCAGGCCAGGAACUCAUUGCUGCCUGCAGACUGAAAGAUGA